AAUGAAUGGAGCAUCCUCAUACACAGCCGUUUUCACCGCCUACAACUUUCAGAACAUGGGUGCCUACAAGUACAUGCAGGAGAUAUGGCGCAAAAAGCAGUCUGAUGCUAUGCGCUAUCUUCUCCGUAUCCGUACAUGGCAGUACAGGCAGCUUUCUGCUGUUCACCGAGUCAGUCGUCCCACCAGGCCUGAAAAGGCUCGUCGUAUGGGUUAUCGCGCUAAACAAGGCUACGUAAUCUACCGUGUUCGCGUCCGCCGCGGUAACCGCAAGCGUCCAGUCACCAAGGGUCAGACCUACGGAAAGCCCAAGACACAUGGAGUAAACGAGCUCAAGUUUGCUCGGUCGAAGCAAGCCAUUGCUGAGGAUCGUGCCGGACGUCGUCUCGGAUCGCUUCGUGUGCUCAACUCAUACUGGGCCAUCCGCCGUAAUCCGGAUACUCAAUGGAUCACAAAGCCUGUACAGAAGCACCGCGAAUUGCGUGGUCUCACCUCGGCCGGGAAGAAAUCGCGAGGACUUGGAAAAGGAUGGCGGUAUUCAGCCACUCGUGGAGACAAAGGUGUAAAUACACAGGCUGGUUAUUACUUCCUAAUGCUCGUUGCGUGGAGGGCUUUGAGCACCGCAAGAAUUGAAGGACCAGUAGCUAUUUCGAUACGCAAGAAAUUAGAAGAGACUUUUGCGCCUUCUCAUCUAAAGGUUGUAUGUGAAAGCUACAUGCACAGGGUGCCUAAAGGGACUGAGAAGCAUUUCCAUGUUCAAAUUGUCAGCGAUAAAUUUGAAGGAUGCUCGGUCGUGCAGAGACAUCGGAUGGUGAACUCCUGUUUGGCCGAUGAACUGGCUGGUCCCGUUCAUGCGUUGAGGAUCGACGCUAUUCCACCGAGCAAAUGGAUUGGCCAAAAAAGUCAGCCUAGUCCUGGUUGUAUGCACACUGGGCAUCGAGCUAAGUCGGGUCGAUACUCUUUGAUGCUCCGGGCUUGGAGAGCUAUGAGCACGGCAACGGCUGAAGGACCAGUAGCUACCGUGAUACGCAAAAAGUUGGAAGAGACUUUUUCGCCUUCUCAUCUGGAGAUUCUAUGUGAAAGCUACAUGCACAAUGUGCCUAAAGGAGCUGAAAAACAUUUCCUCGUUCAAAUCGUGAGUGAUAAAUUCGAAGGAUGUCCAGUCAUACAGAGGCAUCGGAUGGUGAACUCGUGUUUGGCCGAAGAACUCGCUGGUCCUGUCCAUGCUCUAAGGAUCGACGCAAUUCCGCCGAGCAAAUGGGUUGGCCAAAAAAGUCACGCCAGUCCUGCCUGUCGAGGAGGAAAUGCACUAUAGGCGCUGAUCUAAAUUCGCUCAUUGUACAU